AUGGCCGGUCUCGGGCCCAAUCAAGUGGGCUUGGAUGAGGGUCAUCUGGAACCCAUUCCAGGCUUGAGCAUGUCUGGAGUCUUAAUCGCAAAAUCCAUCGCCCUAGUCGCCGCCAUCGCCUUUUUUGUGUGGGAGUUUCGGUCAUGGUAUCGCCUGCGAAAGAUCCCUGGACCUUUCCUAGCCUCGAUCUCAGUCCUUUGGCAAUUGAAAAGGGCAAUUGGGGGAACAUAUCAUGAGCACCUGAAUGAUAUUGCGAGGAAAUAUGGACCACUCGCUCGCAUUGGGCCCAACGAGCUCCUCUGCACAGACCCAGACUCACUGCGCAAGAUGUCGGCCGUCCGCUCGUCGUACACCAAGGGCGAUUUCUAUGACUCCGGCCGGAUCACUCCGGGCGUAGAUAAUGUUGUCUCGAUGCGGGACGAGAACGAACAUAAGGCUAUGAGGGCGAGAAUGGGACCGGCCUACACCGCCAAAGAGAAUGAAGGUUAUGGCUUUGAGGUCGGGAUCGACCGCCAGCUCAUGAAUUUUGUUAGCCUGAUAGACCGACAUUACGUUUCCACCGAUUCGGAAUUUCGUCCGCUGGAUUUCGCCGAGAAGACACAGUUCUUUGCGCUCGACGCCAUUGGCGAUGUUUCCUUCGGCGGUGCAUUCGGGUUUCUUGCAGAGGACCGGGACCUAUUUCGGUAUAUUGAGAUUAACGAGUCGUCUUUGCCCAUUAUGAACGUCGUUUCGGUGCUUCCUUGGCUUGGGAGACUUGUUCACAAAUGGCCUUUCAGGCUCAUGUUACCCAAGGAGGAUGACCAGAUCGGCUUUGGUCGUUUGAUGGGCUUCGCUAAAAACUACGCUGAAAUGAGACUUCAACCCGGCGCGAAGCCCCAGAAAGACAUGAUGCAAGCUUUCAUCAACCAAGGUCUCGGCAAAGAUGAACUUAUUCAACUCGUGUACAUCCACAUGAUCGCUGGCACAAACUCGGCCGCACAAGCCAUGCGCAUGACAUUAUUAUCGUUAAUUAACAAUCCGGUUGCUUACCGUCGGCUCCAGCAGGAGAUCGACGAUGCUACUGCCGCCGGCCUGAUCAGUUCUCCCAUCACCAAUGCCGAAGCUCUGAGACUUCCAUAUCUCCAAGCCGUCAUCCGCGAAGGCCUGCGUUUCUACCCUCCUGUCACUGGCCUCGGCUUCAAGCAAGCACCGGAGGGCGGAGACAUCCUAAACGGCUAUUUUGUUCCUGGCGGCACCCAGAUCGGACACAACUUCUUCGGCGUCGGACGCUCACUCUGGGUGUGGGGUCCGGAUGCCGAUGUUUUCCGCCCAGAGAGAUGGCUUUCGGCAAAUGAAGAUGGUCUCAGACGAAUGAACGCCGCAGUUGAUUCCCACUUUGGCCACGGUAAAUACUCUUGUCUCGGAAAACCGAUCGCCAUGAUGGAGUUAAACAAAGUCUUCGUCGAGCUAUUGAGGAGAUAUGACUUCACCGUCAUGAACCCAGAAAAACCAAUCAAGACUCUCAGUGCGAUUUUCUUCGUCGCCAGGGACUUUUGGGUGAGGUUGACUAGGCGUCCAACGAGGGAAUAA